AGUGCUUCGUAAGCCCAUCCAGCAGAGGAUCAUGAGCAGCUGAGACUCGGGGUUUUUCGACAGGAGGGCAGGAUGGGCAGGCAGAGGAAGAGGGUGGUGACGGGUGAAACUACACCUCUACCAAGGAAAGAUGAGAGGCCCUCUGCAUUCCACCGCAAGGACAAGAAAAAGAAAACGGACAUAGGAAAAGUGUUCAUAAACAUUUCCAUUGGCCUCUGCAUAUUAAGCCUCAUCUGGUUCUUUUAUGCCAUAUACAUGCGGUCCAAUCUGGCAAAACGAGUGGUGACUCUUCACCCAGCUCCUAAAGUUCUCGAUCCAAACAGCAGCAGUUCGAAAGAGUCACCGAAGAGGUUCUGGGGCUCGUACAGGCCUCAGGUGUACUUUGGCAUGAAAACCAGGAGUCCAAGGUCCCUUGUGACAGGAAUGAUGUGGAUGCGUCAGUUUUCGGACACAGACGUGAACUUGAGGCACACCUGCGAGCAGGGGGAUCAUUUGAAAAGCUACGGUUGGCUGAUGCAUGACGGACUUUCCUUUGGCGUCCAAGAAAUCCAAGAUGAGGGCUUCACGCUAACCACAGAGUUUGUUAAGAGGAUGGGAGGGGAUCAUGGAGGAGACUGGACCUGGAGGAUCACAGCCAAACAGCAGAGCAAUGCCCCCCAGCCACCAGUCAUAUCCCUGAUGUUUUACGCUGCCGCGGACACUCAGGGCUCAAUGCAGGCUCACGUGGAGGACAGGAGUCGCCUCGCCUCUAUAAGCGGUUUCUCGGAGGAGCUCGGGAGCUUUAAGAUCACAAUCAGGAAGCCUGUUACUGGGGAGUUAUCCAGCGCUAAAUAUGCGAGCUACAACUAUCUUCAGACAGUCUCUCCUGGCUUGGAAAAGCUAACCAACAUAGUGAAGCUCAGCCUGAGCCGCAGGUUUGUCUACAGCCCUCCGUCUGGUGAGAAAAGGCAUUACAUUGCUGUCGACACAUACAAACCCCCCCACCACCAAAACCAGCAGAAACCCGCUGACACGAGGACAGAAAGUGACUUCGUGCUUCACCAGGUGACCGUUCAGACACCCUUCCAGAUUGAAGUUCUCUUUGAGUCAGGGAGCUUCUCUAACCGUCCCAACCAGCUGGUGGGGUCCGUCAUGAGCGAAGAGCUGGAGAAGAGGAAGACCGAGUUUAAUGCGAAGUUUGAGAGGAUUUUUGGCCUUGAGGCCAAAGGUUUUGGUCCGGGACAAGUGAAAUUUGCCAAAGCAGCACUCGGCAACAUGCUAGGUGGGAUGGGUUACUUCUAUGGCGAGUCGGUGGUGCAGUCGGUCUACAACGAGUACCCACUCCUGUACCCCGACGGGGCGCUGUACACCGCCGUCCCCUCGCGCUCCUUCUUUCCCAGAGGCUUCCUCUGGGAUGAGGGCUUCCAUCAGCUGCUGCUGAGUAAGUGGGACCCGCAGGUGACGAGGGAGUCCAUUGCCCACUGGAUUGACCUAAUGAAUGUGGAGGGCUGGAUUCCCCGUGAGCAGAUCCUGGGCGAUGAGGCUCGCAGCAAAGUCCCAGCGGAAUUCAUUGUUCAGCACAACGAGAAUGCAAAUCCGCCCACUCUCUUCCUGGCCCUGCAGGAGCUGAUCGAGCAGCUCUCUUCAAACCCCGCCGGGGCAGACGCCCAGCCGACCCUGCCCUUCCUCCGGAGGCUUUUCCCCAGGCUUAAAACCUGGUUUGAGUGGUACAACACCUCUCAGACGGGGCUCCUCCCCAAUUCUUACCGGUGGCGUGGGCGUGACAAGGACACCAAUCUGUUCCUCAAUCCCAAGACCCUGACCUCCGGGCUGGACGACUACCCACGGGCCUCCCACCCCUCGGCCGAUGAGAGGCACGUGGAUUUGCACUGCUGGAUGGCCCUGUCCUCGGGCAUCAUGGCAAGCAUUGCCCAGCUCUUAGGGGAGCCCCAUCAGGACUACAAGGCCUCGCACGACGUGCUCAGCGACAACGAGCGGCUGGACGAGCUGCACUGGUCCGAUCAGCUCCGGGCUUUCAGCGACUUCGGCAACCACACGCAGUCGGUGUCCUUACAGCGGGAAAAGGUGUACGUGCCCCCCGGACAGCCCCGCCACCAGUUCCCCGUGGCGCGCCUGGUCCGCUCCGUCCACAGGGCGCCAAAGCUGCAGUACGUGAACGCCCUGGGCUACGUCAGCCUCUUCCCAUUCUUGCUGCAAGUCCUCCAGCCCGACUCGCCCAAACUGGAGCAUAUAUUCCGAGACAUGAGAGACCCCAAAAAGCUGUGGACGCCCUACGGCCUGCGCUCCCUCUCCAAGGCCGACCCUCUAUAUAUGCAGCGAAACACAGAACACGACGCCCCCUACUGGAGAGGACCAAUAUGGAUCAACAUCAAUUACUUAGCUGUCAGGGCCCUCCACCACUACGGCAACACAGCGGGGCCAUACCGAGAGAAGGCAGCUGCUCUUUAUGAGGAACUCAGGACUAACAUUGUCAAUAAUGUUUUUAGUCAGUACGUUGACACAGGGUAUAUCUGGGAACAGUACAAUGACGGGACUGGACGGGGCCAGGGCAGCCACCCUUUCACCGGCUGGUCUGCCCUGACCGUAUUAAUGAUGGCUGAGCAGUACUAAUGCUGCUCGUUUGAUCGAAUCGCUACUUGCGAUACCUGCCAUCUAUUUGUGUGGAAGCGAUCGGAUCAACUUGUACUUGUAAAGUGUAUAAAUGUAGUCCGGUUAAAAAAAGGCUGAGAAUAUUCAGGUGUGAAAAUCGCGUCUCCAGUCAUCACAUUUUCGCAUAAGCCAUUCGAUUAGACUCAACGGUCUUCGCACAUGAGCUCUGAAAGGGUCAUUUCCAAGAUGUGCGAGAGCAGCUUUUCCAUCUUUGCUUCAUGAUGAGCCAAGUUCUGCCAAGCUCCGCCGUGUCAGUCUGUGUUUUGCCUCAUGGAAAAAUAUUUGUGACGUCUUCGAUGACCUGCUACUUUGCUCCAGCACCCUUAAAAUGCCAAAAUUGAGGAUUCCUUUGAAAUGCGGCUCUCAGAAGGAGGACUCAUGCUUCCAGGUUAAAUUGUGUUAUGGUUGAACGGGUACCGGUUUGCUGCAGGUUUUUUUGCGGGUUAUUAUUCAAGAUGGGCUUUUCACUUGACAAAUAAAAGCCACCAUAUGUAACUGUGCCAUUUUUGUCAUGGAUCUAUACUGUCUUUUAAUGUCUUAAUGAUCGAUCAUUUUGAUAUGCGAGCGCUCCUGUUCUGUGCCGCUGCACUUUUCUUAAAUUACUGCUCCCAAAGGCAGACAUAUUGAUUUGUCUCGCAGGAAAAACAAUGACUGUUUAAAUUUGAUUUGUUUUGUCAAAAACAAUAAAUUGUUUAAAUAC